CAUCCAACUGUCGCCUGGAAUAUUUACCGAUCUUCAGUGUCCAGCCCUCGAACAUCUCAGACAUUUCCUUGUGCAUUCUCACCCUCCAAUUCCUUCUGUCUUUGUCCUGGAUCAGUUAAUUCACGACAAAAUGGGCAGUAGACACUGACUUCUCGACAUGCCUCCACUCAGGAUCACCCUCAAGCAUGCUUGUUUGAUUGCUAUUGCUGCAGCCAUGGCACAUGCCACUACUUUCGACCACCUGGCUGCUCGUGCAGAUAUCAGCGCGGAUGGAUCCUCCGAUGGGUGUCAUUACCAAGUGGAAGGCGUAGGAGCCUUCACCUCUCACCUCGCCUUUGACUUUACAACCAUGGACACGCUUCCGGAUGAUUUAGUCGCCAGCACUUACGAAGUUGGUUCUGGACCCUAUGCACCUUACGCUCAUAUCUUCAAUCCCAGCAAUAUUGUGCUCACGCGUGGUCAACCCAUGCAGAUGAUUGUCCCUGGUGGCCAGACUGCAGAUCCAUUGGACACAUGUCAGGUGGUCACCAGAUACAACGAUGUCCUGUAUGCCAGUGUGCGGACCAUCGCACAAGCCAGUCCUGUUAACGGAACAGUUCACGGUUUCUUCAUGUACAUGAACGACACGCAAGAGACCGACAUUGAGAUUCGGACUGGAGAUCCUGGUCAUGUUCACUUCACCAACCAGCAGACACACCCUGGUAAUGGCGAAACUACAUAUGCUGUACCCGCACCCGGCACUCUAACCACGGAGUUCCACGAAUACCGCUAUGACUGGCUCCCAACAGGCACAUACUUCUACAUUGACGGCGAACUGGUUAUGUCAAUCACAAGAAAUGUCCCAAGCGAAGCAGGAUGGCUAAUGUGGAACUCGUGGUCUAAUGGCUAUGCUUGGACCUAUGGACCUCCACUGCAAGAUAGCAUCCUGCAAAUUCGAUCGGUCGAAGCCUUCUUCAAUCGGACGAGCGUUGGUGCAUCCAGCUGCGAAGCAAAUUCCGCAAGAAGCACGAGGGCAGGAGCAGUGAGACUCGGCGCUGGUGCUCAUGCCACGAUCAACACAGCUGCUGUGAGCAGUCAAGCGUCGACGACGACUGAACUCGAGCCGUCCUCGACGAAUGACGGUACGUUUAGCAUCACAUCCAAUCUUGCGGCUCAUAUCACUCUGUCAACUAUCUUGCACAUCAGAGACAUCACGGCGUUCGAGCACACUCCUUUUGACACCGCUUAUACCAACAUUACACUACAGACUACUAUUACUAUUGGGACUGCAUCUGAACCGGUAGAGGCAUUGGUAGAGACCACUUCGCCAAUCCCUGCUGGCCCACUAUCCAUCACCCAGAAGCUAGCAGCUACACUAUCGAUCCUACGCCAGGCAUCUCAAUAGCUCGUCGAGCAUCCAACAGCAGCCUCUACACCAGACCAAGCGUCCCAGAGACUCUUCUCGUCACCCAAUCUGUCAUGCACAACAGAGACGACAGAGAUGCACUCCCUGCAUCUUCGAACUGACCCAGUGUGGUUAUACAUACUUGAUGAAAUAUGAGACUCAUCGGGAGCAUCAUGCGAUAUGGAAGGAAGAUUAGCCAUGGCUCCACCGUAGCACUGGCGGAUGGAUGUUGCGACACAAGAGGCCAUGAUAGCCACGCUGCUGCAAGUACAAGGGAAUCGCAACGGAAGUUACCCU